AUGUCUGCUGAUCAGACCAACGACCCUGCUGUCACCCGUUUCCCCAACGGCAGUUACGGUGGUGUGACUUCUGACACUACUAUUCUCUACUCCGUCGCGAUGCGCAGCAUGGAAGAGACUGGUGCUGAAAGUGUCACCAUCCAUCUCUCGGGCCAUGGGCCUAACGUUGACAACCCUACCAUCUUCACCUAUGAAAUGGACCGCUCCGGUGCCCUCCGUUUUGUCUCUAGUCGCCCUGGUGUCCUUCCUGCCAACUCCAACAACUAG